GAUCGAUUGUAUCAGUGACAUCUUCCAUUGCCGUUCGUACACCACUGUGUCUAUUUCUUUUCAAUUAGCACGUUAUAUCCGGCUUACAACGAUUUUGGCGAGCAGACAGUUGUUGCAUCAAUCUGACAAUCUGUAACGAGUCAAGGUCAAAUUUCAUGUUACAGAAAUUUACUUGCAUCUUCACUUAUUAAAUAAAUCCUUAAAAGAUGGAAAAAUCAGCAUUAGCACAAGAGAAGGUAUGGUUCGACAAGCCAUCCUAUGAUAAAGCAGAACGACUGUAUUUUGAAAAAAUGGCUAAGCUUGAAACAUGUUUGAAGGUGGUGUCUCAUGAAAUUAUUGAAAGCUGCUCGCUUAAAUCUGAAAUUUCAAUAAGUAAUAACUGUCAAGAUAUUUUGAACAGUAACUCUUUAUCCGAAACAAAGUCUAAGAAAUUAGAAGAUAAUAAAUUAUUGAUUUCUGAAACUGAACAAAACGACAUUCUCAAAUAUCCUAAAAAUCAAAGAAAAGUCUCAUUCUCACAUACGACUAAAAGCGAGAAUGAAUACAAUAUGCAAAAGAAGGAAAAUGUAGAUGAGAACCAAAAGUCUGAUAAUGUUAACAAUGACAUAAAAGAAAAAGAGACUAGCCCAUCAAAUGACGUGUCUAAGAAAUGUAAUACAAAAGUAAAAGGAAAAAAGAACAAAGCUGAAUCUAGACAUAGAAAUAGGGGAAAAGGAAAUAAUGAUAUUAAGGAAAUGAAAGAAAAUAUUACACCACUAAUAAGGAAUAUACAACAAUUACCUAAUCAGGGAAAUCAACAAACUACUAGUCCAAUCUUAUCUGCUGGUGGAAGUUUAGCCAAUGAGGUCGCCAAGGCUCGUCAACAUAUUAAACAAUCUUUACAGUGUAUGGACGAUAUUGCAACUGUUGCUGGUCUUACCACCCCAAAUGAUACCAAAAAGGAUAACACAGAUCUUGUAAUAGUCGUCGAAGAAUUGCGUAAUAUCAUUAAUAAACUGGCGGCACGUGUGAAAGAUCUUGAAGACAAAUCUAAUCAAACUUCGUGUCAGAAUUGUGAUCCAACUCCAAAAAAAUUACCAGAAAAAACUGAAGAUGACGACGAUGUUGAUUUGUUUGGUUCAGAUUCAGAGGGAGAAGAUGCAGAAGCUGCAAAAAUUAAGGAGGAAAGAUUGGCUGCAUAUGCCGCGAAAAAAUCUAAAAAACCAGCUUUGAUAGCAAAAUCGAACAUAAUAUUAGACGUUAAACCGUGGGAUGAUGAGACUGAUAUGGCUGCUAUGGAAUCCGAAGUACGAAAAAUUGAAACUGAUGGUCUCUUGUGGGGAGCGGCAAAACUUGUUCCUCUUGCCUUUGGAAUCCAUAAACUUCAGAUUUCGUGUGUUGUAGAAGACGAAAAAGUUUCCGUAGAUUGGCUUACGGAAAAGAUACAAGAAAAUGAAGACUUUGUACAAAGUGUGGAUAUUGCAGCUUUUAACAAAGUAUAAAUUACUAACGAAGCUUUCUUCGUAGAAAUUAUAUGACGGUUCUAAUACAAUCAGGCAUUGGUCUGUUGUGCCAUCUCUUCAUUCCACUAGCAAUAUCUACUUUGAUGAAUACAUUAUUGCGUACGUCUUAUAUAUUAAACACGAUUGUCCAAAAACAAAUCAGAGAAAUUGCCGUCGUAUUUCAAUUAUAAUUAUUCAAUGUGUCAAUGUAUUAAGUAAUUUCUAAGAAUUUGGAUAAAGUAAAUUUUUAAACUGGGUGAUCGAGCAUCAAUACAUUCUAUCAAAAAAAAAAAAAAUGUAAUUUCUACAUGUUUAAACUGUAAGUAAAUAUGUAUGAAAUGGUAAUGAUGAUGCGAAGUCGAAUAAAACAAAAUUAAAGAAAAUGAUAUUGCAAGUAAAUAAUGCCAAUCACUAGUACCAUUUUUAAUUGUUUGUUUCGGAGUAUUGUUACUACGAAUAAAAAUUUCGAACGU